GACUGUCCUCAAUGUCGGGUAGUGCUGGAGCCCGGAGAAGUGGCAGUGGUUGCUCCGAAGCUGGGGCCACAGACUGCCUGGCAUCCAGCAUGCUUUAUUUGCUGCAGCUGCCAGGAGCUUCUUGUCGACCUCACUUACUGUGUGCAUGAUGACCAAUUGUACUGUGAGCGUCACUAUGCUGAACAACUGAAACCUCGCUGUGCUGCAUGUGAUGAG